GAGAUCUCCCUUUGAGUCAUUCGGCUCCUCUCUCUCUCUCCCUCACCCCCCUCCCUCUCUCUCUCUCUCUCUCUCUCUCUCUCUACCUCCUCCAAUGGAUGGAGCUAUCUAAUGGGUAUCACCAGGCACUAAUGGCAGCCAAUUCAUCAAAACCUUCUCUGCUGCAAGAACAACAGGAUGAAAAGAAGCAAAAAGAUCAACAAAAUCAAGCCCUGAGAUGCCCUAGAUGUGAUUCCACAAACACCAAAUUCUGCUACUACAACAACAACAGCCUCUCUCAGCCCAGAUACUUCUGCAAGACUUGCAGAAGAUACUGGACAAAGGGAGGAACCCUAAGAAACAUAACAGUUGGUGGAAGCAGUAAGAAGAAGAAGAAAUCUUCAUCCUCUUCAUCCAUGAAUUCACUUCCUCCAGAACCUCAACUGAAUUUCCUCAUACAAAAUACCACAAAAAUGACCAGCUUGAGCGGACCCACUGACCUCACACUGAAUCAUAACCCUAACCCUAACCCUAGAUUGCUGGAAAGCCUCUGUUAUGGGUUUGGUGAUGGUGGAGGUCAUGAUCAUGGAGCCAUGCUUCCUUUACAUGGUGGCAGUGUCAGCACAACUGCAACUACUGCAACAAGAAUGGUGGACAGAAAUGAUGAGGCAGGAGCUAAUAAUGCUGCAAGCUUGGGAUUGGAGUCUGGAAGUCAUUAUAAUUGCACAUUUUAUUUAUUUUUAUGAUUUAUAAUAUGUAUCAUG